CAUGUCUAGACAUAAACAUAUUAAAGAUAUAAGUAAGGUGACCAUAUUCUUGAUUUUUACAUUUCAUUGAUUUCUCUAAUAGAAAAACCAGGUAGAUAUAACACUUCUACACAUUAUUCUCAGAAAUCAAGUAUAUUUAAGAUGUCUAAAAUACUAAAAACUAUUAUAUUUGGUGCUCCUGGCUCUGGAAAAGGAACGAUUUCUUCUCGAAUGGUUAAUGAUUUUAAUCUGCUGCAUAUAUCUAGUAGUGAUUUAUUGCGAAACCAAGUAACUGCUCACACACCAGUAGGUCAGGAAAUUGCAAAAUAUAUGAGUGAAGGAAAACUUAUUCCUGAUCCUUUAAUGAUUGAUAUCUUUAACAAAGAGUUACAAAAAAUUAAUCAAAGUUGGCUUUUGGAUGGUUUUCCAAGAACUCUUACUCAAGCCAAAGGAUUGGCAGAAAUUCAUAGUGUGAACUUGGCAAUCAAUUUAAAUGUUCCCUUUGAAACUAUAAGAAAGCGUCUUGAAGAACGUUGGAUCCAUAAACCAUCAGGUAGAACAUACCAUCUGACAUGGAGUCCGCCUAAAAUAGCUGGUAUUGAUGAUUUGACUGGUGAAAAAUUAAUUCAACGUGACGAUGAUAAACCAGAAAUAGUUCAACAAAGAUUAAAAGUUUAUGAUGAGUUAACUCGUCCUCUUCUGCGUUUCUAUAAGGAUGCUGGAAUACUUCAAACUUUUAGUGGUACGGAAUCUAACGUUAUUUAUCCUGAACUGCAAAAAUUUUUAAAAGAUUUUAUACAUAGUUUUAACGCACAAUAAAAAGUCAAGUUAAAUUUUUAAAAAUUAAAAUUUUUAUUAAAGAUAAAAAAAACUUUUA